AUGGAUUUCUCCGCCAACGCUGGUGGAACCGGCGUUUUCACCAACUCUCCUGGCCAUGAACAGUUCCAGGCCAAGAUGUUCAGCUCCAUGGACUACUCCCCGGCCACUGCUGCUGUCACAACUGCCGCCACCAUCUCCAUGGGGCAACAUCGAUGUUUCGUGGAGGAGAUGUGCUAUUCCACCGAGAACGGUGACGGUAGUAGCAGUGGUAGUAAUGGUGGUGAGCCAAAACGCCUCAGCUACCAACCCAAUGGGGGUUCGAUCAAGACUGCAUCAGGCGACCUAAUGACGACACCGAUGCCCUCUGUUGGCAGGGGCUAUGGGGAAAUGAUGGCUGGUCAGGAAGGAUUUCUUUCAACUCGUGGUGGCGGCGGGAGCGAAAGAAGAGGCGAAGAUGGCACUGAUGGUGGUUUACCUCGUACGCCGGAGAGGGAGAAGUGUCCCAAAGGCACACCGGAAGACUCCUCCAUCCGGUCAUCUUCCAUGGUUAGAGGUCAGAUGACCUUCCAGGAGUUGACUACUAUGCAUGCAGAACCCAUGGACUUUGCUGUAAGAGUUCAGACUUCUCAGGAGACACCUUCGAGUUGUCGUAAGCGUCGAAGCCAAACUCAGAACCCCUAUUCCACGGAGUACUUUACUAACGAAACAGACCCGACAACAGGGGGACAGUUGUUGGAUAGGAGACAACCACCACCACCCCCACCAGAAUACUGCUACACCCCUGGGGAUCCCUCUUCAGAAGGCUCGAGUUCCUCCUCUCAUAUUAUAAGUCAACUUACUCGGGGAUCUUCACCACCGCCACCACCAGCUUCCACGAAACAGGAGUCGAGUCCCGAUAAACGUUACCACCUUGACCCAUCCAUGAUGCGACGGAGUAGUAGACUGACGCAGGCGCAGAUGCACCAACAACAGCAGCAGUAUCUAAACUCCCAAAAGCGUCGAUCCAUGCUUCGCGCUGAGAUGCUGACACCUGACAUGAUGGUGAACAACGGUCGAAACGCUGCAUCACUUCCCGCUAGACCUCGGCGCCUAGGUGCUUCCAUGUACAUCUCAAACCAGCAACAACAGCUUCAGCCUGUUCGGAGGAGUCAGUUCGUACAACGCCAGUAUGCACUGCGCAGUUACACCAAUGGUCAGAGUUUCACCAACCUGAGAACACAGCCGUGGAAGUCACCCAGAGUCGCUGCCGCUGCUGCCUCUGCUUCCGUUGCUUCAUCUGCUUGUGGUGCUUCAGAGCAGAUAUUGAGGCAACAGGAAUACUUCUAUGAGGCUGCCGCAUCUCGGGGCCACUUAAGUCCUACUCCGGCUCCGGAGGUCUCAGACAGAACUCCCAAUGCUGCCUGGGGUCACAUGACGCGUCAGCAACAGCUUGCUAUCGUGAACACUCCGCGCUGGCGUCUACAGCAGACCAUUCCACCUCCCCCACCAUCUGUGACUGAAGAACAACAGCAACAGCAGCAGCCACCACCAAUUCGCAAGACAUCGUUGUGCACUGGUCGACAGUCCAUGAUGAGACGGGUGGAAAUGGCCUCUGAGCAGAGCGUUGAGAACGCCAAAAACCUAGUCCAAGCACAUCCAACUUCGACCCGAUGCUGGCAACAACAGGGAGAUCAAAAACUUUCAGUUUUCCCUCAUCCAGGCAAUUUUCAGACAACUCUUGCACCAGACUUCGACCACGUAAAACCACUCCUCGACCCAUCUCGGGCUAUGUUUGACGGUGAGAAUAAGCUGAUUACUGUGUCGAUUCCACCUGAAAUCAUCAUCGGGCUUCGAAGACCGGAACGGGAUUUACUACUGUUUGUGCGCAGUCAUUCACGACCCCUUUCAGCCGCCUAUGAAGUGGAGAGCAAGGAGAAUGACGUUGAAGACGGUAGUGAUAGCAAUGGUGGUGGUAGUGGUGAUGCUGCCAGUGGCGGUGGUGGUAGUGGUGGCAUGAUCUCGUCAGCUCUCUCCGGCGGAUACCUCACCUCGGAGGAGUUCAACUACUUCAACAAACCUUUUGAGAGCACCUGGAAGGACGUGAAACUGACGCUGUUGCAGCAACCCGAAUUGCAACACCGAGCUCGAUAUCUCACUGAGGGCAGUCGAGGACCCAUUAAAAAUCGCACCUUUGACGGCUAUCCUACCAUCCAGCUCCAAGGAUGGUCAGGUCCUGCCAUGGUACAAGUAUUCGUAGCCAAUGAGUCUACGGACCCGCAUCUACACAUGUUCUACCAGGUCUGCCUCGUCUCCACAAAAAGCAACCGCGGCUGCUCUGAGCUCGUCUACGGUUUCACCACAGUUGUGCAGGUGCCUUUCACCUCCAACUCCGAGGAUCGUGUGAUGAGUGUAGAUUUCGUUGGACUUGUAAAGCUACGCAACUCCGAUGUGGAGCGGCGAAUGGCGUCGUUGUCGGAGGAGCAGCAAAAGAAGCUCCUUAGCUUUCCAUGUCUUGCUCAGCCCCCGACUUCCACCUCCGCCUCCACCGCUACUACCCCUUCCUCCACAACCCAGCGUGGGCAGCCGACUUCCACUCCGAUCUGCGACGAAGUUGCGCGUCGGUCAAUAAAGCCCAAGUCGAGCUCCGCACGCCUUGUCUACAGAGUUCUUCUCCUCUCCCACGAAAAUAGAGUGGAAGGGGUGGUACAAGUCAUCAGUGACCCCAUUCGCUGCAGAGGACCGGAGAUAUGCCGGAUGUCGAUCAAGGAGGGGGACGCGCGGAGUCAACCGGAGCUCUACAUAAUUGGGAAGAACUUUGUGCGUGGAACUCGUGUCAUCUUCCGGCAACUGGCAUCCGGCACGUCCACCAGCAACAGUCUACCAAACGACUUAAAUGAUGAGGGCAAAGGAGAUGUUGUAUGGGAAAGGGAUGCCAUUAUUGACCCAAACUUCUUCUACCAGACGCAUCUAAUUUGCAAAGUUCCGGAGUACAGUGGUCCCUCGAGCCUCCUGACCUCGCCGUUGCAGGUCCACGUGUACAUCCAGACACCGACCAAAGCGGGUAGGCCCGAGACUUUCACCUACCUUCCCUCCCUACCGCUGCAUGGACCACCAGUGAUUGCCCGACUGUCGCACUGUGAGGCACCUACUAGCGGCAUGGUGGACCUAAUCGUUCUCGGCUCCAACUUUUCGCCCAGCUGUCGAGUCCUCUUCCGCCAGGUGGUCUUAACAACAGACAAUGGUGGCGUCUACGCACCCUCCGGAGUGUUCGAGGGGACCAAGGUGGUUUGGCAACGCGAGGCUCGUGUGGACACUGACUUUCUCACUGAGUCGCACCUGGUCUGCUGCGUGCCGCCCUACGACGGUCAGACGGCGUCACUGAGUCCGCUACGGGUGCAGAUCGUCAUUGAUGCUCCCAGUGGAACUAGCGCACCCAAAAAUUUCUACUACAACCCCACAACUCAGAUUCCCGACACCAUAGUCCGUCGUUCACCACGCAUUCACAAACCCAUUGAAACUGCUCACAAUCCCGACCCGGGCACUUUCCUCCGUCCCCUCUCACGCUCCGUUCCACGGGCAAAACCUGCCCUUUUUAAGUCCUCCAGCUGUCACAAUAUCAAAUCUGCCCGCUCAAACUCCCAAACCUCUCUGGACUCACACGAUUCUAUCAAGGAGUCCAAAUCACGGAAGAUCUCCAGUCGCAAACCCUCCUCAAUUAUAGCCCUCCCCUCCGCCGUCCUCCGCGAAUCGAAUUCCUCCACUUCUGGCGGCUCAAACACCGUGAACGGUGAUCGUAUCUACAUCAAUUCUGAUCUUCUCUCUCGAGUUGAGAAGGAAAAAAAACAGUAUGAGGCGCGUAUAUCCGAGCUCACUCAACUGACAGAGUCACGAAAGAUGGAGAUUGAACGCCUCUCCUUUGAGGUCCGCAACUUGCGGGAGGCGAAGGAGCGAGCGGAGGCUCUGGUCCAACAACAGACCUCUCACGACCUCAAACGAAAAAUGGGUGGUGCUGACCUUGACGAGGAUUCGUCUUGCCUCUCCUCGCGCCCACCUCUAGAACCACCUGCUGCCUCAGGAACUGCCAAUUCAGAUCAACAGAGCCUAGUCUCCGCGAUGUCCAGUCUUUUUGGUGGGGAAACCACCAAGCCUACAUCGGUUACGAACUUGGAGAACCGAAUUCAUGAGAUGGAGGAGGCGAACUACACGACAACCGAGGAAUUGCAAGCGACGAUGGGCGAGUUAUGUGAAAUGCAGAGGACACUGGAUGAGACGCAGGAAGAGAAUCGCAAUCUGGCCUUCGAACGAGCUAUCCUUCUUGAGUCGUUAUGUACGCAAACCGCCAAGUUGGAGCAUUGCCGCCUCCAGAUUGAUCAGUUGAAGUAUCUGCUAGUGACCAGCCCCUCGGCAUCCACUGGGGAUGCGAGGGAGGCACACUACGCGGAACUCUAUGCUUCAGUGGAGGAGGAGAAACAGAUCCUCCUGACACAAAACAACGACUUAGCGCAGCGCUGUGAGUCUCUGGAUGCAGAGUGUCGCCAACUCAGUGAGAAGAUAGAGUCUCUGACGCAGGAGGCAGAACGACUGAGAAUGGAGGCAGCAGUCAUCACUACAGCAGAAGCUGGUGACGACCGGACGUCGGUGGUGGAAAAGACUAAUAUUACUGCAGAGGCGGAGGUGGAGCUCUCGGUCAAAGUGGAGGCAUUGAUGCGACAGGUGGCAAUAUGGAGGGAGAAAUUUGAGCUGGAGGUGGCGGAGCAUGAACGCGAGGUCACUGAAUUGAGACUUCACGAGAGGCAUCUCCUUAAGACAGUACAGGUCGCGGAUGGAAUCAGGAUGGAGUCAGAAGCUGAGGUGGCUCGCAUCACCAUGGAGACUCAUGAGCUGCGCGACCAGGUGAAGCAUCUGUCAGCAGACCUCGAGAACGCACUUCAAGAAAGCUCGAAUCUCCGGGACCAACUCUCUAAGUCAUCUCCACAUCAGGAUUUUCCACCAUCACUACCGGCUGAACCCUCCUCACCACCACCCCCGCCUCCCCCACCAUCGCCACCGCGUGUGGAGAUGAAAAGCGUGGCCACAAUGACCUCACCGGCGGAGACGCCCUAUGUAUCUCUGUCCUCUACCAAUGCAACCACGGCUUCAGCCACCACCAUAGGUUCCUCAGCAGCCACCUCCUCAACACCCUUCCAGCACCUGCACCGCACCACCUACAUGCAGAAAUUGGGUCUCAAUCCCGCUUCUGCCACCGUCUCACCUGGUGGGCCUGGUAACAGUGGUGGUGGUGGAGUUGGUGCCAUCAGACGCACUGGACCUACUGUCCAGAGUCUCAUUCAAACUAUCGAGAACCAGGUAAAGGCUGUCCAGCACCAACAGAAGGUUUCAGCAGUUCGCUCUACAGUUACCAGUGCAAAGGUCAAGCUGGACGUUGAUGGCAGUGUCGGCGAUACCGGUGUUAACGGCGUCGGUGGCGAUAGGUGCAAUUCUCUACCGGCGCGUCGGCUGCACUCGGCCGGUAGUAGCCCUAACUCAACCCCCGUCCACUCGGCACCCCGGCAUUCCCUGUUAGCCGAACCGCUUGUCGGUGAUUUGGCUCCUGGAGGACCACCACCACCCACUUCUCCCCCCCUCGCAUCCCCUGCAACUUCUCAACCUCCACCUUUGUCUUGGACAACUUCGGCGUCGUUGUUGAGAUCAAAGCCCAUUUUCAGUGUCCCGCGUGACAAUACCUCACCUGCAAAGGAGUCCUUCCUCCUCAUGCACUCCGCUACUCCUUCUACCUGCACUGUCUCCUCCACUGCUACUCCCACGAGUACCUCCGCUUCCACUACUCCGCGACUGAAGCGCCACCUCACCGCUCCCCCCUCCUCCCCUUCCGCCGUUGCCACUAAGAACAACGGCUCCGGGGCGAUCUCAGAGGCCGUCUCAAGUGUUCUCUCCGCUGCAGCCGGUGAUUCUGUGCCUUCUUCCACUACCACCACUGCUGCCUCUGCUUCUACAGCUACCACAAAUACCUCCGGUACCACCGCCGUUGUGGACACGGCGACGGAUCCGCUACAUGAAUUGGCGAAGCGCACCGACGCGGGUUCAAAGCGCAACGCCCUGCUGCGCUGGUGUCAGGGUCGAGUGGCGGGCUACCGGGGGGUCGAGGUGACCAACUUCUCCUCUUCCUGGAAUGAUGGUCUGGCGUUGUGCGCCCUCCUCCACACCUUCCUACCACACCUCAUUGCACCCAACUGGGAGCGGGUUGUCAAUAGCAUGGAUAAGCAGCGCCGCUUUGAGGUGGCUUUCGCGGCAGCGGAGAGCCAGGGUAUUCCAACGACCCUUCGUCUGAGUGAUAUGCUCACCAAGGAUCGUCCAGACUGGAACCAUGUGAUGACCUACAUCGCCUCGAUUUACAAACACUUUGAAGCCAACCCUUAG